CAUGAUUCUCAAUCUCAAAUGGCCACAGCCAACUAAAAAUCCCCAAUCCAUGCGCUACCUUUUGAAAAUCGGAAAAUCCCCACUCAGCCGAUUCCCGACCCCAACUCUCUCAGACCGGAGAUUUCUGACCCCGUCCUCCGAUGACGCCUUCGCAACCUCCGACGGGGGCCUCGCCUUCGUUCCCGAGUCCUGGCCCCAACCUCUGAAGGCUCCUUUACCUUCGUUCUCGAGUCCCGACCGCAACUCCGACCAGAGAUUCAGCAGAUCUGGAGAUCCACCGCUGCCGCAGCACCUUCGCAGACGGCCGGAUCCACUAGCGACAACUGCAUGCACGAGGGAGAUGGAGAGCCGCUGUGCACUGGAGAUGCUACUCUGUCUCGAAAGUUUCUCCAGACCCCUACUUUUGCUCUCCGUGCUCUGCAAAGAGUGGGUCAGUUUGGGGAAGAUGAAGAGUUGAAGACGAAGAAAAGAGAAAGGCUUAC